GCCGCAGGGGCCGCUGGCACCCCGCGGCCAGCGCCGGCCCCCAGCGCGUUGCAGCGCAGCGCGGAGGCGCCCGCCGAGGAUGAUGUCGCCGCCGCCUGCUGCCGCGGUGGCGGGGUCGUUGGCCGUGCUGGACCCCACAGGGCAGUUUGCAAAAAGAAAGAAGACUUCGCUGUGGUUCACAGUCUCUCUGCUGGUAGUAUCUAUUUUCAUCCUGACCAUAGGUCUGGCAGCUACCACAAGAACAGAAAAUGUUACCGUGGGAGGCUACUAUCCAGGAAUCAUUCUUGGCUUUGGAUCUUUCCUAGGGAUUGUUGGCAUCCACCUGGUAGAGAACAGAAGACAAAUGUUAGUAGCAUCCAUUGUGUUUAUCAGCUUUGGCGUGGUAGCAGCGUUCUGUUGUGCAAUAGUUGAUGGAGUAUUUGCAGCACGACAUAUAGAACCCAGACCUUUGUAUAACAGAAGGUGCCAGUUUUAUUCAAGUGGAAUAGGAUUCCUAUAUGAUGCCUAUCAGACAGAGGUGACAUGUUAUACCUUAAACACCAAGUGCCAGCUGAAAGUAAAGAGUAACACGUGCUACUGCUGUGACCUGUACAACUGUGAGAAUUCAGAACAGUCCUCCAGCUACUAUGAAUUUCUCGGAGUGAGCAGCUGUCAAGAUGUGGUUCACCUGUAUAGGCUGCUGUGGUCCUCCACAGUCCUGAAUAUUAUCGGGUUGUUUCUGGGGAUUAUUACGGCAGCCAUUCUUGGGGCAUUUAAAGACAUGGUACCACUGUCCCAAAUUGCUUUCAGUGCUGCACCUCCUCCUCAGAUCCUGUACAACCCUGCCCAGCAGAUCCUGACAUAUGCUGGGUUUUGUCCUUCUGCAGCAACUAUUUCUACGUAUCCAUCCUACCCAUUACCCCUUCAGGCUCUUUAGGCCUGAACCUGAGGGGAGCUGAGCGCACAACUCUGCUGAUGAAUCCCAUGGACUGGCAUAUGUUGGCACAUGAGGGGAGGAGUGAAAUCCUGGCCCUCUAAAAUCAAUGGCAAAACUUGGUUUAAAGUAGUGGUGGGAUUUUAUCCAGAACAUUAGUCCCUAGAUGCAUCCUUUUGUUUUUAACAAACUCUGCUUGUUACUGAACAUGGGCUGCUUCCUAAAGUCUAUCUAUUUUUGGUGCCUCUUUCAGCCAAACCCCAUUAUAACUGAGACAGCCAAAGUGAAAGACUUACAGGGGGACACAUGCCUACAUAUAAAAUUUUCUCUUAAGAGGAGUCUGCAUUUGGCACAGCAAUAAGACCUUGCAUUUAUGCAAGUACUGUAACUCUGAGACAAUUUAAUCUUCACAGUGAUGCCUGGAAACUAGCAGCUACACGUAAUCUAAUCAGCCAAGCAGGUACAGUGAGUCACCUGGGAAGCCAGAGCAGCUUUUGCUGCAGAAAUUCCUCUUCUGUUCUAUUGCCUAGCUGUAUGCACAAUGCCUAUUAAAAAUCACUUGGUUGCAGAUGUAAUCUGUCUUGUUUCACUACAUUACUGUAACUGCUAUACUUAAGCACAUGCUUUAAUACUCCAGUGAGUGUUGUGCUGCAAUGCAUGAGAAAUUUAACUAUCAUCAGGCUUAUUUAUAAUAUGUACAUGGUAGACACUUAACUCAGAGCUGCAAAUGGGGUUGUAAUCCUUUAUUGAAGAAGGUAUUUUUCUUUGUCUAUAUACAGCCUGCCAGCAAUUUUCCAGGAACAUCAUCUACUGACAUUUCUUUAUCAGAAGAAACUCAGCCUCCAUCUCAGUCCAGCUCCAGCUACGGUCUUCCCCCCAAUGCUCCGCCCCUCUAUGCACC